CAUGUCUGUCAUUGACCAAAAAGAAGAGAUUCGCUGACAUAUGCAACUGUUUAUUGUUAGAAAACCGUUUGUUUUUCAAGCAUGGUGUCAAAUGCAGAAUAAUAGCGAAGAUUUGAAUUGAAAGAAUUUAUAGUGCUGGUAAUAUAAGAGUUCUCUCCCUUUCAACAAUUCACCUCAACAUGUCAGUAAAGGAGGGACAUGUUGGGUACACACAAAAUUCAGGUGUAGAUGAAACAGACUCACAACCAGAUAUAGGAGCGUGUGGUGGUGGGACUCCAAAACAUGGACCCUCUGCAGAUCCUCUGACAGAGUCAAUGAUUGAUGAUGGAGCUGAUAAUAUUAGUAUGGAAGUACAUCUGGGUGAAGAUUCCUCAAGACAUCCAAGUGAAAUAAGUUCUGUAUCGUACCAGAAUUUAUUAGAAGAUGCUGAAAAUUCUAGUCAAGUUUAUUCUCGUCGUGAUAGUGAGGACAGUAAUGACUCUUACCCUCCCGAUGAGGGGGAUAACUAUUUUCCCUCAGAAGAUAUAGAAAGAUUUGAAGCAUCAGAUUUACCUAUAUCUGAAAAAUAUAAGAAACCUUCUGAACCUAAAUUAGCAAGUAAAGUUAUUUCAGAUGUAGAAAUUAAUAUAGAAACUGUAUCAGAUAAUUCACAGGUGAGAAAAAUUCAAGAUCCGAAGGAAACCAAAGACAAAUCUUCUUCAUCAUCGGAUAAAAAUAAUUCACAAACUUCCAGUUCUGAGCAAAACAUUGAUAGUAAAGAGACCUCAAAUAGUGUAUCACUUAGGAAAAAAAAUGAACAUGCGACUGGUAAAGACAAAAGUGAACCAAAAGAGAUAAUCAAAAAACGAAAUAGUUUGGAAAUCAGAAACAACAUUCCUACUGUUGGUGAAGUUAAAAGUUAUGAAAAGGAUUUAGAAGAUCUGACCUACAGUGCGCAGGGCGCCAAGCCCAAAAUUCGAAAACAGUCUCCAGGACUCGCUAGAAGAGUUUGUGAUUCAGAGACUAGUAAUGAACGAGAAGGUUCAAGUUCCGAGAGAGAAACAGAACUGCCAGAACAGAAAGUUAUGAAAGAAAUUCCCACUGAUGAACCUGAAGAAUUACCUGGUAUGGAAAUAGAAUGUCGUCGUGUAGAGAAUGGAGUUUCACAGCUAUUGAGUCAACAACGUAGACCAAUGGACAUUGAAAAUGAAUAUGAUUAUGUCAAGUAUGCGAGAGUGCAACAAGGUAAUUCUUAUGUAGGUAUGAGAUUGGCUUAUUCAAGUUCAAAUGACUCGCUCAAUAUUAAACGCAACAGUCAAGAUACUGGCUCAUUGGAGAGUUCUCGAGAAACAUCGCCAGAAAAAAUUCUUCAGCAAAAAAUAUUACAGGACUUAGAUCAUAAAGCAUUUCAGGGUCACGUGAAUGAAGAUUCCUUAAUAGAAAUACCUUUAAAUGGAUUAGAUGGGGGGAUGGGGGAGGAUAAAAAGAGUUUUACCUUGUCUCCUGAAAAUACUGAAUGUGAUAGUGUGGAAAUAGAGAGUGUUAUGUCUGAUGGUGAACGUGGUAUGCCAACAGUUGAAGAUGGUUUAUCUAGUAGUCAAGCUAGUGAUUAUGAAGAUGCUAAUAACAUAGAUUCAUCUACACCAGCUGCACUUAUAAAACAAAAACAGAAAAAUGGAGUAAAAAGUUCAAAUGAGGUGGAGAAGCCAAAAGAAAUUGAUGCUCAGGCUAUAAUGACAGAUUUAAAAGCCAAACGAGAAGCUUUAGACAGUGCCAUAGCUGAUAUUAAAACUGCCAUACAACAAAGUAAAGGUGUAGCUUUACAGACAUCUAAAUAUUCUAGUGAUCCAGAAGAGGAACCUGUGUGGGUUAUGAGAGAUAAUAAUAAUGAAAAAAAGGGAGAUAAUGUACAGAAGAUCCAACGUCAGGAAGAAAUGCGUAGAGUAAGAGAAGAAAUAGAGAGACAGCAGGAACAAGAAUAUGCUCAGAAAGAGCAACAACAAGUUUAUGAGAUGGAAGAUGAACAAGAAAAAUUGAUGAACAAUCAAUUUACAAGAAAUGAUGGAAAAGUUUACCAAUCCCCUAAAGUCAUGCGUGCAAUGGGUUACGAGUCUGAUGAUGAACAUGAAGAGCUUGAAGGAAAGCGCUACACACGGCGUAUUAAAGGCAAAAAAUAUGCACCACUCGAGAAGGAAGAUUCAUUAGAAAAUGGCGCUUAUAGUAACAAUAUGGAUUCUAGUCACAAUUCCACAAGUAAAAUAACUAAUACAAAUUCUCACUCAACUAGCUCUCAAAAGUUGAGGCACGAUUCUGAAUCUCACUGUUCUUCAGAAGAGUAUUGCAGUGAUCGAGAGCCCUUAUCUCGUACCACUUAUGUAACGGGGAUGCCUACAGGUGAAUCCGAUACAGAUGAAGAAACGGACAGACUCCUACACAAACAGUACCAGCGACGUGACCAAUAUGUGGAAAUUCCUGAACUUACAGAACCAUCAUCAAAUAGGAAAGCUCAAGCUGAGCUUCGUCGAUCAAGAGCCAAAGAAGGUGAGCCUGAAUCAUCACAAAUUCGAAAUCCUGAUAACCCUGAAGUCUUAAUUGAGGGAGUGUUAUUCCGGGCACGGUAUCUUGGAUCAACACAAUUAAUAUCUGAAGGACAACCAUCUAAAGCUUUAAGAAUGAUGCAAGCACAAGAAGCUGUUGGUAGAAUAAAGGCACCAGAAGGUGAAAAUCAACCUAGUACAGAUGUAGAUCUAUUUGUAUCAACAGAGAAAUUAAUGGUAUUAAAUACAGAUUUACAGGAGAUAAUGAUGGACCAUUCAUUGCGUACUAUAAGUUAUAUAGCUGAUAUUGGGGAUGUAUUGGUUUUGAUGGCUAGAAGAAGACUUAUAACCAGUCCUGGAGAAGGUCCAAACAGACGAAGGCAAGCCAAAAUUCUCUGUCAUGUGUUUGAAUCCGAAGAGGCCCAACUUAUUGCCCAGUCCAUUGGGCAGGCCUUCCAGGUGGCCUAUAUGGAGUUCCUGAAGGCUAAUGGUAUUGAAGAUCCUGGCUUGUUGAAGGAAAUGGACUAUCAGGAUGUUUUAAAUCAACAAGAAAUCUAUGGGGAGGAACUGAAUUUAUUUGCAAAUAAAGAUCACCAUAAAGAAGUGAUAGUGCCAAAAGCUAAAAAUGAGUUAUUAGGAGUAGUUAUUGUAGAGUCCGGUUGGGGUUCCAUGGUUCCUACUGUUGUUCUUGCCAAUAUGUCUCCUAUAGGACCUGCAGCACGAUGUGGUCAAUUAAAUAUAGGAGAUCAAAUUAUCUCUAUUAAUGGCAUCAGUUUAGUUGGUCUACCACUCUCCGCUUGUCAGACGUACAUUAAGGCUGCCAAAAACCAAACAGUAGUAAAAUUAACAGUGGUACCAUGUCCGCCUGUUGUAGAGGUGAUCAUCAAACGACCAGACGUCAAAUAUCAACUGGGUUUUAGUGUUCAAAAUGGUGUGAUAUGUAGUUUAUUACGUGGUGGUAUAGCUGAACGAGGAGGUGUUCGAGUAGGACAUCGUAUUAUAGAAAUAAAUAACCAAAGUGUGGUGGCUGUACCACAUGAAAAAAUAGUCUCUUUAUUAGCCAACUCAGUUGGUGAGAUCCACAUGAAAACCAUGCCAACGUCUAUAUUUCGAUUGUUAACAGGUCAAGAUACUCCUCAUUAUUUAUAGUAGAUAUGUUACUACAUUGAUCAGUAUUCACUCAAUGACUGACAUCAUGUAUAUAUCAAUCAUAAUAUUCUAUUAUCAGGGUUUGAGAUCAUCAAGAAACUCAGUCAAAGUUAUCGAGUCUGGCAAAGAAAAAUAAAGUGAUAAUGUUUGUACAUUAAUGUUUAAUUAUCGUGAAAUAUUUUUUGUCUUCUUACAAAGAUAGAAAGAAAACAUAUUUGUUGAUAAUAUGUUAAUGAGAGUUUAAUGUUUCUAUUGUGAUUACAGAGCCAUUUUACCAGUAUGGAGACUGUUUGUUAUAGUGCAUAAUAUUUAAAAGCUUAUAAAGAAUUUGUGAUACAAGAUUUUGAUAACCAAUAAUCUAAAUGUAUAAUGCAUUAAGAUGACAUUAGAAUCAGAUUAAGGUGUCAAUUUCUUUCCUAAUAUUAAAACACAAUAAGAUUGUUAUUAGAAAGAUAUAGAAAUAAAUAAGAUUGUUAUUAGAAAGAUAUAGAAAUAAAUAAGAGAAUAGGAAAGAGUAAACUAAUGUAUUGUAUACAACUGUCAAAUAUAUUCUUCAAAGUUUUUUAUUCGAUCCUUUAAAAAUGUUUGAAUAAAGGAAUAGAGUAUUUUCUGACUUUAAAAGAACCACAGUUUUAAAAGAUGAUACGAAUUGAAAUAGGUUAGAGAAAAACAAUCACUGGAAGAACAUUUAGUCUUUUUUUUUUUCUCGAAACUAUAAAGAUAUUGUAGGAAUAAAGAAUUUUCUUGAAAAUAGACUUUAAAUAAAGCUCAGUCCAAUCAAUGCAGAAAAGUAUUUAAAUGAAGCAUGGUUUUUAAAGGUGGUACGAAUAAAAAUAUCUUGUAGAAAAAGAAUCACUGGAAAAACAUGUAAUCUUUCUUUUUUUCUGAAAACUGAAAAUAUGAAAGAAAUAGAGUAUUCUUUUGAAAUUAGACAGCUUUAAAAGAUGAUACAAAUCAAAACAGCUUAGAAGAAAAGAAUCAAUGAAAUUCUUUGAAGAACAGUUGUUUCUGAAAAUGAAAAUGAUUAAACUAGCUUUAUGUGUUAUAAUAUAUAUAAUAAUACAGAAGAGAGUUAUUUUUUUACUUUUGAUUGAAACUGUAGUUGAAGAGAGUAAAAACAAAUAUUGAAUUUUUAUUGAUUUGAUUUUUGUACAUGGUGAUGAAGAAAGUCAGAUCCUAUAGAAUGUUUACUUUCCAUCAAAACUUCAUGUUCCUUUACAAUAACAUUUUUAAAAGAUAAAAAAAAACAUUCUUAGCACAAUCAUCUUGUUGUUUUUUCAAGACAGCUGGAGGCAAAUACAGUUCUUUUAAUAAUAAAAUAUGAUCACAGAAUAGACAGCUCUAACAUGCUACAUUUCUUUUCUCUUUAUUGGAUCAAAUAAACCAGAGAAAUUUUAUAAUAUGAAAGCUGUGUUCAUCAAUUUCUUAUUCUGGUAUUAAAAGUCUGAGACUUUGGUAAGCUAACAGAAUUAUAAAUAUAAAAGGCUAUUAAUAAAACAAAAUUAAAGUAAUAAUAGGAAUAUUUAUUGAUUAGCUUCAGACAACUUAGUUCGUCAAUUUAAGAUUUUAUUAGGUUAUAUGUCGAUCAUAGGAAAUCCAAGAAAAUCAUUUCAUAAAAUUUAUCCUGUUAAUUAGGAUACGAUAAUGUUAUUACCGAUAUUAAUAUUCAUGAUUUAAUUUCAAUUUUGUGUGGUAAAACCCAAUAACGGUAAAUUGAAGUAGCUAUUUGCAUAAUGUAUAUUGUAAAGGAAGUCUGUUGCACACCAGGGACUACGUCUAAAGUAGAGUUGUCUGCUAAAUAAUGAUUGUCUCGUAAAUAAUCUCUUCCGUGUAGAUAAUUUUGAUAAAAUACAUUUAGAUUUUUUUAACUAGAUAGUAAUACUAUCCACGCAACAUAAAUCCCUAAUUAGACAUUUGGAAGAGCUGGGUUGGUCUGCAAUAGAACAGACCUCUUUCUUAGCCCUGCCUUCCCCGAUUUAUAAUGAAAUCCUUGUAUAUUGUUUGAACAUAGAUCAUUUUGUAUCACAUACUUACUACCUACAUACAAUAGGUAAAUAUUUAUAUAACAUUAUUACUUUUCAUAAUUUACAUUUUGAAAUUAUUCCAAAGUAACUAUGUACUUCAUGCAUUUAGAUGCCAUUUUUUAAUGUGCAUUAUAAUAAUGUCUCACAUCAUAUAUAUUUGUUUUUAUGCAUAAGCGAUUUUGAAAUGAUCAAGACAAACUAUUUGCUUACUUUUAUGGUAAAAUUGUUGUAAUUGUUGUAACAAAUGAAAUCUUCAUUGGAGGAAUAUUGUGAAAUUAGAAUCUCUAUAAGGUAUAUCAGUACAUGGUCCUUGUCUACGAUAUCACCUAUGGUGGAAGUGGACUUAAAACUUUAGGAACGAAUGAAAAAAUGGCCCAAAUCCAUUCCAUAUUUAUAAAGAUAUAUAAUGCAUUAAACCUUCUGUCAGAUUCGGUAUCCUCUACAGAAAAUAUCAUGUUGAAUUUUUUUAAUUAAAUGUGAAAUAAUCAAUUAGUAUAUUUUAAUAUGGAUUAAGUUGUGAAAAAUUAGAUUUUGUCUAAAAAAAAUAAAUAUUUGCAUUCAGUGGCUUUCUAGAAUGAUGAAUGACCAAUAGUAUUAGUUUUUCAUGUUCGACAGCUUUAUUAGCAGACAGUUUUUUUGGGGGUUUUUUUAAUGUAGAAGGAAAAUUGGCACAAUAGAUGAUGAUAAAUAUUACACUUUGAUCAUAAUGGUUCAGUAAUCUCGAUCAUUUUCAAAUCCUCUACCGCUUUCUCACUUGUCAAUAUUAAGUCAUAAAACUUGUACAAAAUCAUUUGCAUCUUAAUUUGCCAUAAUAAUGUAAAAUUUACAUUUGUAUAAAAGCCAUGAUUGUGUUCUGUCACUAUUUUCCCUAGCUAUAAAAUAUUCUUGGAGAAUAAAUUAGUAGAGCGGAUCCAUUUCUCCUAGUUUUUAUUUCAAUUGGUGGUUAGUUCAAUAUUUCUGAAUGAUAUUUGGUUUUAUUGUCAAAAGGUGCAUUAUAGUAUUUAUUCUCUAAGAAAAAUAUUCUUAGUAAUCAUCACUUAUUGGCUUCAAUAUUUGUUUUAUUGUUGUAUUUUGAAAGAUUUGGAAAUCUUUCAGAAUAUGUUGGGUAUGUUUAUUGUAACAUCAUGACUAUACAUGUACCCUUACCUCCUUGUAUAUUUCUGUAUAUUUUAUGCAUAUUAUGUAUUAUAUGUACAUUGAAUGAUUAUGGAUGUAUAUUUAUUUUGUUGAUUUUAUGUUGUACGUAGCCAUAUAGUGCUUACAAUUUGUUUGCCGGCAUUUUAGACAUUAAUAUUAAAUGUGUUAUUCAUGUUCUAUAUAAUUGAAUAAUUGAAUAAUAAAUAAUAAAAUGUAUGUUUAUGAAAUUAUUAAGUGCAAUAUAAAAAAACAGUAUCGGAACUAAUCUAAUCAUACCUAUAUUUGUUCUCAGAAUGGAUAUUUGGGCAUUCUUUAUAGUCCAUCAUAACAAGAGGUCUAUACUUUAGUGCUUGGCGUAGCUUUAAUUGUCAGUUUCCUGAGCAGCAAAAUAUUUAGCUUUAUUGUCAUCAGCAUAAAUGUGUCAAAAUAUUUGGAGGCUUACUUCUCAGGAUAUAUUUGCAUAAUGAUUUUAGUGUUAAUUGCUGAUUAUAUGCUCUGUAUUGAGUAUUUAGUUUAUUCGACUAAUAUUUUAUCUUUUACUAAAUACUAACUUUUCACGGCAUUAAGGUACAAUAAGAAAAUGCAUUUAUGUACAUUACACUUUUAAAGAAACUUUUUUUGUGCAAAGCCAAUACACAAAUUUAAUUUGUAUUAAUUUAUUGGUUGGAAAAGUCAGUGCUGUUAAGUAAUUAUACAGGCCUUUUUUUAUAUCUGUAAAAGAGAAAAAAAGGAUUUAAUAGUAAAUUGGACAAAACUUAAGGUUGUUUUGAGAAACAAAACAUACUUGCAAGUGUCGGACACCUAAUAUGUAAGAGUGAUUUAAAGGUCUAGUGUGAGAUAUGAAAUAAUAUAUUUAUGUUGCACGAUGGUGUCAACCUGAGUCUUGUAUCAAUAUAUUACACAAUGUUUUGCUCAAGGCCUUUAGAAAACUUAAAAUACAGAUACCCAUUACCGUAUGUGAAUUUCUAUGAAAUAAUCACACAAGUUCAAUAUUUCGUCACAUUGCCUGUACAUCACGGGAUAAUGUCACAUCUGUAUUUUAGAUACAAUAAAUGUACUUUAAUUUGUUCUUUAUUCCAUUAGAAAAAACCCUGUUUACCCUGAAUUAAGAGUGGUUUAAUGGUUGAUAGCAAGACAUUAAGUAAUAUAUUGAUACUGCAUGAGGGCGUAUACCCGAGUGUUGUAUGAAUAUAUUAGGCAAUAUCUUGUCCUAGAUUUAAACAACAUCAAAUACAGACAAACUGCACUGUUCUGGACAUGCAUUUCAAUGAAAUUGUCAUGGGCACAUUGCCUGUACAUUAUUGAAAAUAAUGGUACGAUUAUGUCAAACAUAAAUGGAUGACACCACAUCUGUAUUUUAAGGUUGGAUAUUGACAGAACCAAGCUUUAUUGAUACCUACCCUAUUCUUAAAACUGUAAUGAUAUAAUGUUGAAUGUCUGUGAUUCUAUGUAUUAUUUAUCUAAGUGCAUGUGUUAUGUUAUUAGUAUGUAGUACUGUUAUGUUUUGUUAUUAUCAGUUAUAUUUGUGUUUAAUUUGCUGUGUUGAGAGAUUGGUUGUAGGUGGAAUGAAAGUGGAUAUGGAUGCUAUUAUUAAUUAAAUGUGCAGUCAUUGUCUCGGGCAAACUAUUUCAAUAAAAUUGACAUUUCAAUGACACAAAACAUAUGUUAUCUUAUUGUUUUUUAAAAGGAUUUUCCUCUCUUCUGUGUGCCAUUAAUUUUGGUGCAGAAAAGUAGCCCAUUUCAUUCGUUCAUUCUCUUGUAGGGAUUCGUCCUAGUUGUCCGAGGUAGGGUCUCUAGUCUUUUGUAUGGGAAGAAAACAAAUAUUCACCCAUGUGCACAUGUGGCAUUGCUUGUAAAGAAUCUGACAGGUGAACGUGGUAGUGACACUCUACAAGAAAUGACAAACUCCCAGUUUUUGUAAGCACCAUAUAUAUUAUUUUCAAGUACUAUUGUUAUAUUAUAUCAUACCUUCUGUGUUCAGAAUAUUUGCACCCCUAACAGUCUUGACCUACCAACAUGCAUGGAGAGAUUUAUUUGCCCGAUCAUUAUGCACUAAAUCAAUUUAUAUAAACAUAAAUUGUUUUGUUAAGAUUUAUAUAACAUAAAAGCAACUAGUUAUGGUUAUUAAAAAGAGUAUUCUCCCU